AUCCACACCUCACCAGUACUACACAGGCAGAUGACAGAAAGAAACAACACUCUCAGGUAGAGAAAUAAAGAAAAAGGGGACAAGGAGCAAGAGGGGGGAGGAGAAACAGCAGUAAGGACUACAAAGUAGGAGGGACAUUGACAGAGGAAAAGCAGACUGCAAACAAAUGAACUGAGGCUGAACAGAGACACACCUGGACUCAACUAAAAACUAUUGGAGGCUAGACAGACAACUGAAAUAGCCGGACAGGGCUCUGCGUUGCUGGGACAGACACUAGACAGUCACUGCUACUGUGGAAAUAGGAGCAAUGAGAAAAUAGCUGUAGAAAAGCACAAAGAUGGAGGCCUAUGUAAACAGCAACAUCACACGUUGAGAAAGACUGACAAAGAAACGCUCACAGAAAGACUGAUGAGAGAGAACCAACCAGGAGGGAAAGCAAAAGAAGCUCCUCAGAAAAGAAUAAGCCACCAGAGACGUUUCGAAGGUCUGUGAGGAUUUCUCAAGCCCCUUCAGUGUUGAUCCCUCCACCUCUACAUCAUGGCCUCCAUGGGGAUGCAGCUGCUGGCCAGCGCCCUAUGCCUCCUGGGAUGGGCAGGGGUCAUCUUUAGCUGCAUACUGCCCAUGUGGCGGGUCUCAGCCUUUGUGGGAACCACCAUCAUCACCUCCCAAACCAUCUGGGAGGGCAUCUGGAUGAGCUGCGUGGUGGAGAGCACAGGGUUGAUCCAGUGUAAUCCUUACCAUUCUGUCCUUGCUCUCAGUAACUCCCAACAGGCCGCCAGGGCUCUGACCGUCCUUGCCAUUGCUACAGGCGGUGUAGGUCUCAUUCUGGCCUUCAUUGGAGGGAAGUGCACUCGUUUUUUGGAUGAUAAAGGAGGCGGGGUUAAGGGCAAGAUGGCUGUAGCAGCAGGGGCAGUUUUGAUUUUCACAGGACUGCUGUGUUUCAUUCCCACAGUUUGGGCGUCCGGGUCCGUGGUGAGCGAGUUCUACAGCCUCUCCACAGAUGCUCAGCGGAGGGAGAUUGGAGCCUGCCUCUACGUCGGCUUGGGAGCGUCAGUCCUGCUUAUUCUGGGAGGCGGUUUGUUCAUCAGCUCAACAUGCCCCCUCGAAUCCCAUGAAGCAGACAAGAGCCCUUCUGUCCGCUACAUGGUUGUCCGCUCCUCCAACGGGUCCACUCAGGCAGGUUCUCAGCGCAGCAGACCAGGACCAGCAAUGUCUCAGCCUGUCAGAGCCGUGUUUUCCCGGUCUCAAAGUUAUGAUGGGGCAUCGACAAAGAUUCCUCUGUACACAAGGCCUCCCAGAGGCAACUGGCAUGAUCAAGGCUUCAGGAUGGAGUCAGAAAGAUCAUGGGCACCAUCAACAAAGUCUCAGAUGAAAAGUCUGGAGUCGACAAAGUCUGAAAACAGUGAGGCGCCGUCUCAGCUGAAAAGUGCAGAAAUGGAAGAUGUUUAUCAGUCAAAGGUGAAAAUGACUGAGGAUGUGUCCUCAGAUCCAGCGCCAAGUACAUACUUAUAAUCUGGACACAUACACACACACACACACACACACACACACACACACACACACACACACACACACACACACACACACAA